GUGACGAGCGCCUACAUUGAGCAGCUCUUAUCUCUCAUAAACGUGCAAUCCGAGCAACAGAUAAUGAUUCUCCGGCUGCUGCGCUUGAUUCGCUUGGUCCGAACCUUCCGGAUGAUUCGGCAAAUUAAAUCAAUCUGGCGGUUGCUGUACGGACUCCUCACUUGUGGAGAACUGCUCAUCUCAACCCUGGCCUUACUCGGGAUGGUGAUCUAUGUUUUUGCUGUUCUGGGCCUAGAGACGAUCGCCUCCAAUCAAGAGAUGCGGGAGGAUGACAACAUCCAGCGCCUCCUGGAUGAGCGCUUCAGCUCCCUUGGGGUGACGAUGAUGACCCUGACACAGUUCGUGACGUUGGACUCGCUGUCCAGCCUUUACCUUCCGCUCAUCAAGAAGAACGCGUGGCUGAUGUUCUACUUCCUAGGCUUGAUCAUUAUCGUCUCAAUUGCCUUGAUGAAUUUGGUGACGGCGGUUCUCGUGGAGGGCGCGUUGGAACAUGCCCGGCAGGACCGGGAAUUGGAAGCGAAGGUUGGCAUGGUCACAGCCAAGCAGAUGCUGCCUGGAAUUCUUUCCCUGUUCGAUGCGGUGGACCAAGAUGGCAGUGGGGAGAUUGUGAUCGAGGAGAUGGAGAA